GGCAGGAAGGCCUCUAGCCCAGGCACGUGUCCUCCCUGUCCGCCUUUGGGACAAGCCACCCUCCACAUGGCCUCCAAGCAGGCGGCUGGGAGGGGCCCAGGGGAGAAGCGCAAGAGGGUGGUGCUGACCCUGAAGGAAAAGAUGGACAUCUGUGUGCGCCUGGAGAAGGGCGAGAGCAGGAAGGCGCUGAUGCAGGAGUACAACGUGGGCAUGUCCACGCUGUACGACAUCAAGGCCCACAAGGCCCAGCUGCUGCGCUUCUUUGCCAGCUCGGACUGCAACAAGGCCCUGGAGCGGCGGCGCACGCUGCACACGCCCAAGCUCGAGCACCUGGACCGCGUGCUGUACGAGUGGUUCCUGGGCAAGCGUGCCGAGGGCGUGCCCGUCUCGGGCCCCAUGCUCAUCGAGAAGGCCAAGGACUUCUACGAGCAGAUGCAGCUGACCGAGCCCUGCGUGUUUUCUGGCGGGUGGCUGUGGCGCUUUAAGGCCAGACAUGGCAUCAAGAAGCUGGACGCGUCCAGUGAAAAACAGGUGGCCGACCACCAAGCGGCCGAGCAGUUCUGUGGGUUUUUCCGGAGCCUGACCGUGGAGCACGGCCUGACGCCGGAGCAGGUGUACAAUGCCGACGAGACGGGCCUCUUCUGGCAGUGCCUGCCUGGUCCCAGCCCCGAGGGCGGGCCGGUGCCCGGCCGCAGGCAGAGCAGGGACCGGCUGACCGUCCUCAUGUGUGCCAAUGCCACAGGCUCCCACAAGAUCAAGCCCUUGGUGAUCGGGAAGUGGAGCGGCCCCCGGGCUUCCAGGGGCAUCCAGCACUUGCCCGUGGCCUACCGGGCUCAUGGGAACGCGUGGGCAGACAGGGCCGUGUUUUCUGACUGGUUCCAUCAUGUCUUUGCCCCCUCGGUGAGAGAGCAUUUCCGAGCCCUGGGUUUGCCCGAAGACAGCAAAGCCAUCCUCCUGCUGGACAGCUCCCGGGCCCACCCACAGGAGUCCGAGCUGGUUUCGGAGAACAUUUUCACCAUCUUCCUGCCGGCCAGUGUCACCUCCUUGAUUCAGCCCAUGGACCAGGGCAUUCGAUGGGACUUCAUGAGGAAUUUCAUCAGCCCCCCCGCCACGCCGCAGGGCUUCCACCCUCCCUACAAUGUGAACGACGCCGUCCGCAGCGUGGCCUGCGCCUGGGACGCCAUGCCCCGCGCCGUCUUCAGCCGGGCCUGGAGGAAGCUGUGGCCCGCAGCCUCCUCGGCUGAAGGCUCGUCCUCUGAGGAGGAGCCCGAGCACCUCAGAGCCAAGCCUCACGACCAGACCUUCGCUCACGUCCUGGAGCUAGGGAGGGAGGUCAAGUCCUGGCCGAGCAGCAGGCUCCACGGGAGCGCAGCCGCCGAGCGGGCCGGGCUGGGGCAGGCGGCUGGAGCAGGGCACCCGGCCGAGGGGCACCUGGAGCAGGCAGAGAAGAGUGGCGGGGCCGAGGCCGCCGGGGAGGGCGCCGAGGCAGCCUGGGAGCAGGCGGCCGUGGCCUUCGACGCCGUGCUCCGCUUCGCCGAGGGGCAGCCUUGCUUCACGGCACAGGAGCUGGGGCAGCUGCAUGCGCUGCGCUCCGUCUUCCUGCGGCAGCGGCAGGGGCAGUGGCGGCGCCUGGCCCUCAGGGCUGUGGUCAAACUCGAAGCUCCCCAGGAGCGUGCAGGGGGCCCGGCCACCUCGGCCCGCUCCCCGUCCACUGCGGGCCGAAACUGACAGCACCCAGCAGCGUGGCCCGUGGUGCUCGCUGGCGGGAGCUGCCCAGGGCAGGGGCCAAGACAUGCGCGGCCCCUCGCGCUGUUAACCUGACGCUCGGAAAGGGCCCACCCAACCUGAGACGUCCCCGAGCCUGUCGUGGCCGGAGCCCAGGACUGGCGGCACGUUCAGGUGGCGUCCGCUGGCUGAGCCGAGGGCAGAGAUGGUUGCCUGUCCCAGAGGAGAAAAGCCACCUCUCGCCCCUUGGGGUUUGGUCUGCUGGUCUGGUGGCCUUGCCCGUGUUAGGUGGGUCCCAAGGGCUGGGUCUCAAUCGGCAAAGUCCCUCCGUGUGGCUUUAUGGGCCACCUGUUUGCGUGUGCCCACUUUAGGCACGACCCUACACAGUGACACGACUUCUCCUGAAAGUUCCUCCACGUUUCCGACCUCCCUCCGCCUUCGGCUCAGACCUCAAGGUGUGAGCCGCACGCUGACUGGACGAAGCUGAAUGGCUUUGCCUAAAGCGAGCGCGGGGCUGAGCUCAGUGGGAAGAAGAUGCCUGGCUGGUGGCAGGGAGCAGCCAGAACUGGGUCUGGGUUGUCCAGAGGGAGGACCUGGUGCAGGCAGGUGACAGCUGGGACAGGUGUGAGGGUGGGUGGGUCCCACCUCAUGUCUGCUCCGCUGGGCCGCCGCAGCACGCCCCAUCUUCCCCUUGGGAAUGAGUCAUCUUACCUCAUUUUACGGGGCAAUGAAUUUAAUGAAAGCCAGCCCAGAGCACAAGGCCUCAUCUCAGUUCAGGGAUGUGCCCGUGGCUGGUCGCUCUGAUGAGGACACCCCAAGAUCUCAUCUGUGGCUCCAGAAUGAGGCCACCGGCUCCCAUUCCUUAUCAUUUGAUUAAACAGACACUUAAAACAAUGGAGGGCGCCAGGUCAGGGCAGGUGGCAGCUUCUUGGCGGGAGGAGCUGGGACUGGAGGCCAUGGCCAGUGCCCUGCAAUGGGGGGGCAUGUGGGGUUCCGAGAACCCUCCCUGCUGGACCCCGCCCCCGCCGUGCCUGACCCUGGGUGGCUGGGGCCUCAUUCCACUAAGCCCAUCCACCUUGGCACCAGGCUUAUUUCACUUGGUCCCUCAAAAGGAAGAGGCCCCUGUACCCUGCCUUGCCCAGGGCCCCACAGCAGGCUCGCAGGUGCUCUGCCCGUCUGUGGGCCUCAGCACCACCACCCAGCCCCGCCCUCACAGGAUCUCGCCACCUAGAGUGCUGGCCCAGCAAGGAGCUGUGUCCCCACUCUCAAAGGACAGAAGUUCAAAGAAAAGGCUGCACUUGUCUGCAGGUAAAGAGUUAAGUCAAUAAAACAGCCUGUUUGU